GAAUUAGUCUGAGUUGAUUAUGUCGGGUGUGCAUGCUUGUGGGAUCAUGCAUGACUAUACACAGUACAAAGAUCACAUUUCAGAUAUACCUGUACAAAAGCAUUUUCUUGUGUUGUAAUAGAUAUUACUCUGUUCUGACGACAUAACAGCCUACAUUCUGAUAAAUAAAUAGAAUAUUACUAAUGGCUAGAUGGAGAAGAGUUUGGUGUUAAACAAAAGGCUGAUAUCCAAAUGUACUUGGAAAAAUAUUGAGCAGUAUUACAAGCAUAGCGUGGCCAUUCAUAAGGAGCAAGAGACUCGAUUUAUACACCACACAUUCUGCUUAUGAUGCAUGACAUCACUGCUGGCCAAUAGGAGGGCUUGUUUUGGCUGGUGAUGUCAUCUCUGUCCAAUGGAUGUGGGUCUCUGUUGGUGCUGCAGUAUGGGCCUGUCAAACGGCUAUCUGGGAAGAGAGAGGGCCUUUUCCUAACGCUCUGCAUGAACAGCUGUGGCUUUGUUCUUGUCAUUUACCCACCAGUUUAUUGACCCAGUUUUCUCUAUUCUUUAAUGAAGCAUUUACUAUUUACUUUAAUUUGAAUUUGUUUUAUAUAAUAGACAUGUUGCAUAAACUUAAAAAACUGUUUUAGAUUGUGUAUUCACUAGUGGUAGAAUUUAGAAGGGAUUUACAGUUGUGGCUUGUAAAGACUAUUAAUGCACUUCAUAAAGUUAGCCUUUUUUAGAAGGUCAUUUUUGAGACUGUGUUAAGGCUAUAUAAAUUACCAAUCUUACAGUAUAUAAUCACUUCAAGCUCUACAACUAUAAAGGCUUUGCAUCUUAACAAAUCUAUCGUUAGCACAUUGCUCUUUGACUGAUUUCAUAACUACAAAAUGUAAUUUACUGGGUAAAAAAAAAGUGUUUUUAGAAAGUCCAUGUCUGAGAACCCAUCUCCCUUCUUACAAAAAUUUUGGUUAUGACAAACAUUAAUUGACAAUGCCUAAAGUAAGCCUAAUCUCCAAUAGAGAUAGACCUUUCCUCUGUCAUUGUAGGAGUGACUGGGGUAAAUUGUAGCCUACCCAUUGAUUAAAGAAAAAAAGUAAGUUUAACCAUAUUCUUGGAAGAAAACAAUUUCAUACAAUUAAUCGGGGCUAUUGGGGUAGCUUACAGUCCCACAGAUGGGGUGAGGAUGGCUGACUAUUAACCCUGAGGGGACUGAUUAUUGGGUCAGUGACUGAAAGGGGCCAGCAGCGGUGGCCUAUGGGGUAGGUAGAAAAUACACUGAUUGUAUAGAAGGGAGGUGUUCCAAGGCUAUUUUACUCUACAGACCACACAAUGCAGCUCAAUAUUCCAGACUGCAGCCAUACUUGCUUGGUGUUUCAUGUUUUUUUUCUUUAUCAGAGAACAUUCUGUAUCCUGACUGACUCAUACCAGACUGAUCUAUUUUCAUAAUAUUUCUGACUUGGUCUGUAUUGCCAUUGUGUGCAAACUGUCUUGAAAAUGUCUGUAGAUGUUUGGGGAUUUGCAAACUCAGUUAACACGGUCUAUAGAUUAGAUUGAAGUAAUCAAUCCAGGCACAGGUCCUGGCUUCAGCAGAAUGCUCACUCGAAAAUGUGCUGUGUUGCAGACCUACAGCACUACUCUCUUAAUGAGCUCAAAGACUUGUGAUCUCUUUAUAGCGAUUUGCCAUCCCUCCCAUUUUAAAAGGAUGUUUAUCUUUGGAACAAUAAUGUCUUACAAUUUGCCCUUCAUAUACUGACUGAAAAAACGGAUGGUUAAUUUAUCCUUUCUUUAUUAGUGUGCUCUUUCUCAGUAUAUUUUGUCAUUCCAUUUUGCUUCACGGUCGCAGAGAUUAUGGCUUCCAUUCCUGAUCCUCAGAAAAACAGAUUAAAGGGAUAGAGAGAAAUAGGGGAGAUGUUGGACUGCCUGAGCCCCAGUGUGUAUUACAUUAGACCCUAGCUUCAAAUUCAGAGAUCUGGUCAGGUAGAUUUUGAGGGUGGGUCCUCUAUGCUGUAAACUUGGGCCAAGGUAGCCUAAUACCGGUCCAUGGAGGUUAACCAUGAGGUUGAGUUCAACGAUAGCAGUUUCAGUAGCCUAUGUGGUAGGUAUCUCGCGCGGUGCCCCCUCCCUCUCCCCCCCUUUACGCAGGGAUUAUGGGCGCAGCAACGUCAAUUGAAUAUGUAACCCCUUGCGUUAGACGGGUACAUGGCUGCGUAAAGUAGUUCUCUGUGAUGGAAAGCUAAAUCUGGCGGUGAGUCUUGGGCGUGAUUCCAUUCGCAGAUCAUUUUUAAAUCCAAGCGAAACAUGCAUCAGAAGAACGGACAGUGAAGCGUCUGCUGGCUCACUGCACUGAACACAAACCCGGUGCCAUAUUGACACAGUAAACAAGCGUGUACGACAUCAGGUUAAAAGCGAACACCUCAUCAUAUGUUUGAUACAGCCAGUAACUCUCCUCGCAGCACCCCCGGCAGCUCCCCAUCUCUGCGACGGAGAGUCUUGGGUGGUGGCAAAACCAGCGAAGCAGGUGAAGGUGGGGGGGAGCGCAGUGGUGGGGGAGGAGGAGGAUGUGGGGGGUUGGACAGUCCACAGACCCCUGCUCCUUCUGCCUCCUCCCUUACUUCUGCCUACCCCCUUGCAUCUCGCCACUUUAGCCGCAAUGCUAAGAAAAUGCAGAGCUGGUACAAUGUCCUCAGUCCCACUUACAAACAACGGAAUGAGGAUUUCCGUAAGCUCUUCAAGAAGCUUCCAGAGACUGAGAGACUCAUAGUGGACUACUCGUGUGCACUGCAGAAGGACAUCUUGCUCCAGGGCCGUCUUUACCUGUCUGAAAACUGGCUCUGCUUCUACAGCAAUAUCUUUCGCUGGGAGACCACUAUCACCAUCCUGCUGAAGGACGUGACGACCCUGACCAAGGAGAAAACUGCCAAGCUCAUCCCCAAUGCCAUCCAGAUCAGCACUGAUCACGAUAAACACUUCUUCACUUCUUUCGGGGCGAGGGAUCGCAGCUACAUGAUGAUUUUCAGGCUGUGGCAGAAUGCACUAAUGGACAAGCCCCUUUCGCCAAAGGAGCUGUGGCAUAUAGUUCACCAGUGUUAUGGAACAGAGCUGGGCCUCACAAGUGAAGAUGAUGACUAUGUCGCACCCACCACUGAACACAUGAACGGCCUAUUGCCAGGAGAUGAGUCUGUCUCAGACCUUUUGGAUCUUGGCUCUGUAGCUAUGCCCUCCCUGGGUAGCUCUCCCCCCUCCCUGGUGCCCUGUGAGGCUGCCAUCCCACUUUUGGCCAGUGCUGGGGGCUCCUACCCCCCGAGUAUUGUCUCUUCCUGUCUGCCUUUGGAGCUACCCCUCUCGACAGGGCGCCAGUUGAGCGCAGACCCCCUGGAGCCAUAUCCCCCCAGUUCUCAAAGCUCGCUUCCCCACAUAAGCUCUGCCCCCACCUCUACCGCCACCUCUUUUAAUGUGGAGGAGGGUGGGGACAGCUUGUCCGAGUCGACCAAUCACAUGUUGCCCCCUUCAACCACCAGUCUGGGAAACCUCUCGUCAUUGGACAUCACUAAUGACGAUGAACUUCCCACUGACCCUAGCAACUCUUCUGACACACAGGAAGAAAGUGAGGUGGAGUCGUUCUGUGCUGACCUGAGUGGGCGGCUGCACAUCAACAGGGCGGUGCACAUCAGCGUUGACAAGCUCCACGACCUGCUCUUCUCCGCCGAUACACACUUCAUCCAGCACCUCUUUUCCCAGCGCCAUUUCACAGACCUGUCGGUGGGGGAGUGGCAGCAGGACAUCAGCACUGGGAACACCAGGCGGGUGCUUAGCUACACCAUCGCCAUCAACAACCCACUAGGACCGAAGACCGCCCCUGUGGUUGAGACCCAGACAUUGUAUAAGAGCAGUGCGCGUGGCGAGUGCUUUGUAGUUGACUCUGAGGUCAUCACCUCAGGUAUUCCCUACCAGGACUACUUUUACACUGUCCACAGAUACUGCCUCACCUCCGUCAACAAGCACAAAAGCCGUCUCAGGGUGUCUUCAGACAUCUGCUACAGGAAGCAGCCGUGGAGCCUAGUCAAGGCCCUGAUAGAGAAGAAUACCUGGAGUGGCAUCGAGGAGUAUUACAGACACAUGGAGAGUGAGGUGUUGAAGCUGGAAACCCUCCUUCAGUCGGAAGUUACUGUUGUAACCACUGGUGAGGCGGUGGGGGCUGACGCCGCCAAGACCCCCCCGGCACUGCGCCGGCGCAAACGCACCUGCUCCAGAAGGCAGGUUGAACGAGAGAGGGAAGGAGUGAAUCUUGGAGGGAUUGGAGAGGAGAGGGACAGGAGAGAAGCUGGUGGACAGUAUCUGAGGCUAGGAGAGAUGUCCCACAGAGGUGGAAACAGCGGCGUCUCCACCAUUCUGCUCAUCGUCAGCUUCAUGAUCUGUGUCAGUCUGGUGGUGUUAGUGGCUCUGAACAUGCUGUUAUUUUACAAGCUGUAUGCCCUGGAGAGGGCUGCUCACACACUGGAGACAUGGCAUUCAUACUCCCUGAGUGACAGCCCACUGCCCCAGUCUGCAGGAGAAUGGGCCCAGGUGCUGCAGCUUCAGAGACAGUUCCACCAGGCGCAGCUCAGCAAAUGGCAACAGAUACUCCAGUCCUCAGUCACCUUGCUAGACCAGAUGAAGCAGUCAUUGGAAAAGCUCCAUCAAGGCAUCGUCACUCCAGAGGUUCAGCAGGACGUCUCUUCGGAUGCUCCCUCAGACUCCUUCACUGAGCAGUGAGCCUGCCUCAGUCACCCUCUCCCCUGUACCCAGAAAAGAGUCCAGUUAGUCAUAGUAUAGAGAAGAAAACUAUGGGGGGAGAUGUGGCAUGAGGGAGAGGGUCAGUCAAUCAUAGACACAGUCUCACACUUUUUGGCUCUGCCCUACAUUCCCUCCUCUUGACUAAGACAGUACUUGACUGAGUAAAUAGAAGGGGAGGUCAUGUGUGAACUACAUGGAUUUGGCCUGAAAGACUUGUAAAGGUAUAACACAUUUUUCCACAACCUUCAGGACUACAGCAAUAACACGCAGUGAAUGGAGAGCCAACCAUGUGUACUGUCUGUCCUGGGCUACAGGAGGGCGAGUUAGCACUGUCCUCGGUCCUUGAACUCCUCACACCAUACAGCUUCCCAUUGAGUUCAACUGCAUUCAAAGCCAACUGACUCAACUUGAAACUAACUUAAUUUCAACAUGGAUAUUUUUUCAGUCCAUUUCAUUGUGACCCAGAGCAGGAUGAACAAAAACAUUGUUUUUAUCUGGGUGGAUAGAAUUUCCUUGGCAGUGGAGGACAUACUAGUCCUGGUAGUAGUAGGUCUCCUGGCCUCAAGUUAAAGCCGUUGGCUGGGGAGUAGGUUCUCGUUUGGUGAUUCCCCCCAUGCCUCCAAAGACCAGGAGGAUUAUAUCUUGUUACCAGCACUGACAUGAGACAGAUCCUUUCAAUCUUGUUUUCCUCCUCCCUCUUUCUCAUUCUCUGAUUCUUCCCUUUUGUUUCAAUGGGGAUUUUUCUCAACAUAAACUCCAAGACCACAGGAACACUCAUCUUACACUCCCUCCUCAAUUUUAAUGUCUAUUGUGUGAUUGGGUUGUUUGGAAAGUGAGAGAGCAAGUGCAGCAUAGGACUGCAUUAUUUAUUACUUUUGUUUUCAGAAAGUCACGUCCUGCUUGCAAUAAUAAUAAUAAUUAAGGUUGUAUUAUUUUAUUUUUUGUGCUCUGUUACUGUUCAGCAUGGACCAAGAAAGAGCAAAAUGAUUGUCUAAAUGAUGGCGAUCAUAGCAAUAAUGACAGAACAGUGAUUCUAGCACUCUUUGAAUGUUAAGUAAUAUGUGGAGUAGUAGUAAUUGUAGGGGGUGCGUGUGUGUAUGUGUCUAUCUUGUAGCAAUAGAGUCCUCAGUCAAAUAUUACAUUUGGUAUUAUUUUUUAUUUGUUUGUGUCUUUGUUUUGUUGUUGAUCUACUUUAGUUCAAAAUUCAAAAUUGUAUUAUUGGAAUAAGACUUGAACUGUUCAGAGUGACUGUAGUCUUGACCAGGUAAACGUACAUGGAAACCAGUACUUUGUAGUUGAGCUGGGCUGGACUUUAAAAGGACCAACCAGAACACUAGGCCCGGAUGAAGACAAAGGGAAUACAGUAUUAUCUUUUUGUGAUUGAAAAGUAGAUUUUCUAUAUAUUUUUUUUCUUUGAUAUCUUUAUUUCGUUGUUUUUCAUUUUCUUUUCGUUUAUUGAAAGGUCAUCUAAUUCUUGCCCAUUCCUGUGUUCUAUUUAUCCGCUCUGACACUUUUCUUCUUCUUCAAUACUUCCCUUUUCCAUCAGCCUAACCAUCCACUUAUUCUCACACUUUCCUCAUUUAGCUGCCCUGCGCACUGAAUACCAUCUGUGGAAGUCUGGGCCUUGCUGUGCAUGGUCAAUAAGGAGUAAUGAAAGAAUGUAUUAUUUAUUAUAUAUAUAUAUAUAUAUAUAUAUAUAGGUAUAUACUGUAGGUCUAGAUGGUGAAAGAGGGACAUUAGGUUGGUUGUGCAGGGGGGGAAACGAUUUGAUUGUUCGCAAUGUUGUGGAGAAAAAUGAAAGUUCUGAGAUUUGCAAUAA